CAAGAUGAAGUGAGAACUGUUGUUGGAAACAGAGGCAACAUAACCGAACAAGAUUUGGUUCACAUGAACUACUUGAAAGCUGUGAUCAAAGAAACACUUCGGUUGCACCCUUCACUUCCAGUUCUAGUUCCUAGAGAAUCCACCAAAGGCAUCAAGCUGAAUGGGUAUGACAUUGAAGCUGGAACACAGGUGUUGGUGAAUGCAUGGGCCGUUGCAACGGAUCCAAAGUGUUGGGACCAGCCACUUGAGUUCAAGCCAGAGAGGUUCUUAAACAGUUCGGUGGAUUUCAAAGGGCGUGAUUUUCAGUUUAUUCCUUUUGGUGCAGGAAGGAGAGGGUGCCCUGGGCUGCAGUUUGCCACUGCUCUUGAUGAAACUGUGCUGGCUAACCUUGUUUACCAUUUUGAUUGGGAUUUGCCUGCUGGUUCUAAGGAAUUGGACUUGUCUAAAUUUUAUGGACUAGUCCUGCAUUUGAAAUCACCUCUCUUGGCUAUACCAACCCCUUAUUAUGAAUGAAUAGUAUUGAAUUGAAUAA